AGAGAGAGAGAGAGAGAGAGAGUCCUUCAUUUUAAGUGAAAUGUAACAUGUAGUUUGUUGGUCUGCUCAGAAAGACAGAUCUCUACACCUGUUGCUGAUGAGGAGUUGGACCGUAUUGUAAGCGAAGUCCACAGAAGUGUCCAAACACCGGCUACAAGCUAAUGCGUGGACAUUUGAAUGCUAGAGGUGUGCGUGUUCCAAAGUGGAUGCUGAGGGAGUGUACAUGAGACGUCUACGGCUGCAUGUAACAAGACGACGGCAGUAUUCUGUUCCUGGCCCAAACUCUUUAUGGCACAUAGAUGGUCACCACAAGCUUAUAAGGUGGAGAUUUGUUGUCCAUGGUGGGGUGGACGGAUUCAGUCGACUGGUGGUCUACCUGAAUGUGGCUGGCAAUAACAGGGCUAGCACUGUCCUACAGAGCUUUAUCAAUGCCGUUCAGCAGUACGGGCUGCCGUCAAGGGUACGGUCUGAUAAAGGAAGAGAGAAUUCAGACGUAGCAGAAUUCAUGAUCAGGAGCAGAGGUACCAACAGGAACUCUCACAUCACAGGCAGAAGUGUACACAAUCAGCGAAUAGAGAGGAUGUGGAGAGAUGUUUAUGAGCAUGCCCUAGACCUCUUCUAUCAGAUCUUCACUUCAUUGGAAGAUCAGGGAACACUCAAUCCAGACAACCAAGUCCAUCUUUAUGCCCUGCACCGGAUCUUCCUUCCCCAAAUUCAGAGAACCCUCAGCUCCUUCAGAGAUGCUUGGAACUUUCAUGGACUUAGAACUGAAAGGAAUCAAUCACCUAAUGAACUCUGGAGAAGAUACAGAGAGCAAGGCCCCAUGGAGGAUCCUGCAGAGGUUUAUGAAGACUAUGGGAUCGACUGGAAUGGGCCUCACAAUCAGCAUGGAGACACUGUGUCAGUUCCUGAGAUUCAGAUGGCCCGUGAGCUCUCAGAUGAAGAGGUUGCCAUUUUGCCAGUUUCAGGAGUUUCUUUAAAUGAUGCAAUUGGAUCAUAUUUGGAGACAGUGCAAGUUUUGUCAAGAAUCAUUGGAGACUGAUAUCUUAACCAGGCCUUUUAUUUUAUUUAUUGUGCAAAUGUCACUCAUGAAUUAGUUAACUUGAUUUGUCAAUAAAAAUCUGAAAUAAUAA